CUCACUGAGCCUGCGCGAGGCAGGAGGGAAAAGGAGGUGGGGGGCCUCCGAAAAGAUGGCGGCUGCCCCUGCGGGUGUGGGCCGCCUCGAGGAAGAGGCGCUGCGGCGGAAAGAACGGCUGAAGGCCCUCCGGGAGAAAACCGGGCGCAAGGACAGGGAAGAUGGGGAGCCACAGACCAAGCAGCUCAGAGAAGAGGAAGAGGAAGUUGGGAAGCACAGGGGACUCAGGCUCCGGAACUAUGUCCCAGAGGAUGAAGACCUGAAGAGGAGGCGGGUCCCCCAGGCAAAACCAGUGGCAGUGGAGGAGAAGGUGAAGGAGCAGCUGGAGGCAGCCAAGCCCGAGCCUGUCAUUGAGGAAGUGGACCUGGCCAACCUGGCACCCCGGAAACCUGAUUGGGAUCUCAAGAGAGAUGUGGCCAAGAAACUAGAGAAGCUAGAAAAGCGGACCCAGAGAGCCAUCGCGGAGCUGAUCCGUGAACGGCUAAAAGGCCAGGAGGACAACCUGGCCUCCGCAGUGGACGCCACCACUGGACAAGAGGCUUGUGAUUCAGACUGAAAUGUUCUCCGUGUCCCAUCUGAUCUGUUCAGCACACAUCCUGUGGGAAGAUGGUUGCAGGCAGGGAUGGGGUUAGGCCGCCCAGCACUUCUGGGCCUUGAGAACUGAACCAACCUACUGAGUGUCGGCUCCUGUUGGGUGUGACCAGUUCAUCUCCCCAGGGUGCCCACCACCCUGAGUGGCUCAAAGCUGGGAUCUGUACAUAUGUGUGUAAACUGAGCUUUUUUUCAACUUCUGCAAAUAAACCUCCAUUCAGUAGA